AUGACAUCAAGUCGUCCCUCAACCCCUCCAAAGACGGCCUCCGAGAUCGUCCACGAAUCCAGCAGACGCCACCCGCCAGCCAGUGGUAGCACAUCCACCACAUCUAUUAGCGCUUCCUCCCGUCACCCCGACAUCGCUAGCGGCACCGACGAUGACAUACUUCCUGGGAAUCGAGAAUCGACCCUGCCCACCCCGGUACCAGGAACACGGCGGCGGUUGAAUCGGUGGAGCUGGAAUUGGGUGCCAGCACCCGUACGUCGCACAGGCAAUGCCGUUGCGACCUGGGUGCGCGGACCGCCGAACCCAACGCGCUACACCAUCAAACCGCUGUUCCCCAAGGUGCAACACGCCCCAGUCUGGCUGCUCAACAAAGUCGCACCCCGUCGCUGGCACAAGGCCGUGCUUGCCGUGGUAUACAUCGCCCUGUGGGUCACAGCUUUUGCACUCGUCGUGCAGCAUGCCAACCAGGCUACUGCCAUCGAGGACUUCGGCGUGCCGACAACCCUGGGGUGUGGCUCGUCGUAUUGGGUCUAUGGCAACGGCUGCGAUUUGGAUGGUAACUACUGCCGUCCCUUUGCGAACCAAACAUUGGCGUUCAAGUGCCCUGCAAACUGCGCGAGCUACAGAGUUCAGAAUCCAAGGGCUGUUGGUGACCAGGAGAUCAUCUACCGGUCCAUGGUUAUUGGAGGGCCCGGGAGUGGGAAGGAUCCAAACCUGGGGCCCAUCUACCGUGCCGAUUCCUAUAUCUGCGCUGCCGCGAUGCAUUCCGGUAUUGUCUCUAAUACUAAGGGUGGCUGUGGAGUUUUGAACCUUAUAGGCGAGCAGAGGAACUUCGUCUCUUCCAACCGUAAUGGCAUCGACAGCAUUGAGUUCAAGUCCUCAUUCCCCAGGUCCUACACUUUUCUCAGUGGCGUCGCCUGCGACUCGGAAGAUCUUAGAUGGCCACUGUUGGGAAUGUCGGUAGCAUUCACGGCCGUUUUCUCCCUUUUCACGACCUCGGCACCUUUAUUCUUUUUCCCUGUAUUCACCGGAAUCUUUUGGCACGUCGGCAUGGUCUCUGACCCUCCUGCCAACGCUGGCACUGCGGACCUCGCUUCCAAGAUCAUCGGCAGGUAUCUCCCUGCCAUAUUCGUAGCAUGGGUCAUGUAUGACCGCAUGGGCAUCCGCCGCACCCUCGCCGGCCUCACGGCUCAAGUCGAAAAGACGAUCCUUUGGCUCGGCGCCUGCUGGCUUGGCGCGCUCGAGAACUAUUCCUUCUCUGAGUGGAUUCCCAUCAACCGCCUUACCGGUCGCGACCUGGAGCAGCAACCUGGGGCCAAGGCCGCUCUAGCCUUCAUUGUUAUCCUGCUUGUUGUCAUCGCCGCGUCUCAAGUCUGGUUCUUCCGUCAGGAGGGUCGCCUUGGGCGCAUGCUGCGCAUCUACGGCCUCCUGGUCGGUGCCAUCCUUGUCUGCCUUUGCAUCACCCCGCUCCAGCUCCGCAUCCAUCACUACAUCCUUGCUCUGCUGCUUCUGCCUGGGACUAGCAUGCAGACGCGGCCCUCGCUCAUCUACCAGGGACUCCUCGUCGGGCUUUUCAUCAACGGCACCGCCCGCUGGGGAUUCGACGCCGUCCUCCAGACCGCCGCCUCGCUGCUAGGCGACGGCCAGUUCUUCUCCGACCUGCCGACUAUCCUAGCUCCGACCAUCUCGCUGGCAUCAGCGUCCUCGACGAAUCUGAGUAGCAUAACGUUCUCUUGGUCCGUCGCCGAAGCUGUCGACCUGGGCUAUGAUGGUAUCAGCGUGCUCGUCAACGAUGUUGAGCGCUACCGUGGCUUCUUCGAGGACGAAGUCUCUUCUGACCCAAACAUUGGUGGUCCGAAUGCCGGCCGCCGUUUUGAAUGGCGCCGCAACGCCACCACGCAACCUAACGACGAGUACUUUCGCUUCGCCUACAUCUUCGGCACCGAUUCGAUGGAUUAUACCAAGGCUGGCACUUGGACUGCCGCCGGCGAGUGGGUAGGCAUGGCCCCGGGGCCGUCCAAGAUGAGACGGCGAAGCUUAACAAUGCGCUCUCCCAAGAGGGAUCAAGGGGCGCGGCAGACUAGGAGAACGAAGGUGUUUGAUGAUGAAUUAUAA